CCCGCUUUGGACUCCCGGUUGAACGCUUAGCGCGCCCAGACUUGCAGUAUGAAACGGGAAUUGGUUCGGUACGGUUCGCUAAAUGGUCGCCAAAGCUUUUGGCAAUUAUGUAAAGUGUUUGAGGCAAAGAAUUUGCAAGUGAAAAUGAAUAAAAUCGUGGUACCAUAAGCAUUACGAAACUCAACAAAACUUGAAACUAAAACACUCCAGAGAAAAGAAAAGAGAGAGAGAGUGUGUGAAAACUCUUGAAAAGUGCUAACAAUUAAAAACAAUUUUCGCAACAAUAGACAAAACUAAAACUUGAAUGUCACACAAAAUGUUGCAAGUGCCGGCAGCAACAUUGUUGGUGUUGUUGUUGCUCAUACAGCUGGUGGCAGCAGCAGCAACAACCACUGGCGACAGUGCAACAGCAGCACAAGCAGCAACGACGGCAACAGCAACCAGCAUCAUGGAACGCCAAAUUGAUUCAAGUCUGAAGAAUGCCAAGCUGAUUGAGAGCAAACUGCUGCCCGAUUUGGUGGCAAUGCAACGCAAUCAGGAAGAUGACAAGUGGCAGCACAUUUACCGGUUUAUCGACGAUGGCUUUCCAGUUUUAGAGCUAUACGGCUAUAAGACCAAGCCUGAUCUACCCUACACAUUAAUUAUACCCAAAAUCGAUGUGCGCAGCAUUGAGAAGCCGCGCCUGAAGGAGUUCAUGUUGGAGCAUUUGGUGCCGGGUAAAAUCUUUGAUAGCUACAACACCGCAUCGAAUGGCAAGGAAGAGGAGGAGUCAAUUGGUAAUGGGAAUGGACAUAAAAUCGUUUUUCGUAAAUUGGAAAAGUCGCACAACAAUGUUUGGCUACUCAAUGGCCAGCAAAUACUCUACAAGCUGCGUAUCAAUGAACAUUUGAUGGCCAUCGGAAUUGAUGGUUAUUUGGGCGAUAGAAAAUCGCCCUAUUCCAAGCGCAACAUACAGGAAACGAACAAUCGCUACAAUGACCCACAGCCGUUGGAGCAGCCAAACAUUACCAAUGCACAUGCCAAAGUGGAGCCCAUUAUUAAGGAAUCAAAGGCCAGUCCAUUGAUGUCGUUUCUGGCCAACAUGAAGACGGGCACCAAAGUCUUUCAGCAUUUUCUCUCCAAAAGCAAUCUGACACGCAUUAUGGAUGAUAAUGCCUAUACGGUCCUCAUUCCAUCGGACAAUGCCUUUCAACGUUGGCAUCCCAUCGAUUGGGGCUUCUAUCCGUUCAGUGUGCCCGAGUUCACCGAGAGUGUAUUGCGUAAUCACUUCCUGCCCAUGCAGCGCCCGUUGCGCAUCUCCGAUGUUAAGAAUAUGGAUCAAAUGGUCGUCCACACCAUGGGCGGUGAGGAUGUCAUCUUCCAUGGUCAACCCACGCCCACUGUGAACAAUGUGAGCAUUAUGUCGGAAUACACACUCUCCAAUGGCAAUCAGGUGUUCAUCAUCUCCGAGGUUCUAUUUGUCUCCGAGGCUGUGGUUUCCAAAUUGCAUCAGAUGCACAAGGAUAAGGAGACGCCUCCUUUGCUCGCUUUCCCGUGGUUUGGCGCACAAUUUCUAUCGCAUUCAUUUCUGGCCUUGGAGCGAGAUUCACGUUUUACGCAAAUUACAAGAUAUCUAAACAAUGCGGAAAUCGCACCUCAUAUUUCUGGCGCCAAUUACACUUUCUUUGUGCCUGAGGACAAGGCCUUCGAGAAGCUGGGCUUCGACAGGCUCUCCGAUGAUGUUAUGGCAUCGCAGCGCGGAAUUAAAAUGUUAUUGAAUCACUUUGUGCGUGGACGACUUUACAAUCGAGAUCUGCGGGAUAACGAAGUGUAUGAGACAAUUGGCGGGGGACAUGUGAAGAUCACCCGUAAUCCGGGAAGUAAUUACACGAGCGUGAACAAUGCACAGAUUACGGAGAGCGAAGUGUUUGUCUAUAAUCUGGGCACCAUGUACUACAUAGACGAUAUACUUUAUUCGCACAUGCUGCGCGAUCACAUCACCAAAUCGACUAAAACGAGAUCGGAUCGAAAUAAUGGUGAAGCUGGCGGAGGAUCACGCAGCACGAUCCGUCCCAGCGAUGUCGAGAUUGUGCCCAAUGAAUUUGAGAGCGAGCACAAUGGCGGCGAUUAUGCCAUACAUGGCGAUGAUGAUGAUUUCGAGGAUGAGAUUAUAACGCCCAAAGCGUUGCCCGUCCAGAUCUAUGAGUUGCCCAAGUAAAAGCACAUCGAAUCAGAUUGAGAUUGAUAUUGAGAUUGAGAACAGAGAAUGACAGAAUUAGUUUUGUGAGGAACGUUUUUUGGCCGAGCCGUGUGGAGGAAGUUUGAUAAUACAUUAUUGUGUGUGUGUGAGUGUGAGGGAAGACGCGCGCUUAAAGCGUUUUGUAUAGUUCUGAGCUAAUUUUUUAAAGAUUUUUUUAGUUAGAGUUUAGUUUUCUUAAGUUUAGCAUCGAAAUGAGGCGGUGAAACGAAGUAUACUACGAAAACAAGCAGCAACAAGAAACAAAAUAUACAUACAACUCUCUAAUCCUAAACAGAAAACUUAUCAGCAAAUUUUCAAAUGAAGCUUGUAGAAAUAGCGAGAAAUUUAAUAAAAGAAAUACAAGAUAUAAAACACUGAAAAUUUAUGCAAAAUUAAAAAAAACGAAAACAAAUACGUAUAUACUUAUAUAUUAUAUAACAUAUGUAUAUGUAGGAAUACUACGAAGUAUAUGCAAUUAGUCGCUCUUCGGAUCUUUGUGCUUCUUUUGAGUCUAACCAUAGAAAGGGAAUGAGUGUGGGAGAAGGGGACGGGACAGGUAGGGGAAGGGGGAGGGACAUAGGAAGAGCAUAGCGAAAACAUAUCGGCUAUCUAAAAAUUUAAAACAUUAUCUGAGAAAUGAAAAAUGUAGCGCAAGAAAAGCAAAACAAAAGAUACAAUUUUUGGAAUUCAUCGUAGCCAAGCGCAAUAGUUGUGAACAAAAAAAGUAAUAUCUAUCUAUAUAUAUAUAUAUAUUAUAAUAUUAUGACAGAUAUUAUAUACAAUACUUUUUUAGUUUCUAAUUAUGAUAUGAUAAUUAUAUGUAUCUGUAUCUGUGUAUAUGAACAACAACAAGAAGGAAAAGCAAUGAAAAUGAAAAUCAUGCAAUUUUAUAAUAGUUUGUUAAAAUACAAAAAUAAAACCAUAAAAGACAAACAGUCAUUCUGAAUUUUCUCUUUUUUUGAAUUUUUAUUAUGAAUUAGUUAAACGCAAUACAUGUAAGUAUGCUUAAAACUACAGUAUAUCGUAUAUAUUUGUAUAUUUUUGGGAGUAUUGUAUAUGAUUUCUUUUUCUUUGAUUUUUUUGUUGGGUUUUUGUAUAAUUCUUGUAUAUAGCUAUAUGUAUAUAAUAAGUAUGUAUGUCUGUUUUUAUGUAAAUAAUACCUGUUAUACUAAUUGACCUAAACUAGAGUUGCUCUCUUUCAUCUUUUCAGAAUUGCAAAGAAAAACUUAAACAAAGCAGAGUGCACAUAACAAAUGACAAUAUCUCAAGGAAAACACUAACAACUAGUCUCUCAAUAGUGAAAAGUUUUGGAGGGGGCAGUUUAACAAACAGAACUUUAAAUCAAAUAUCAAAUGCGUAUUGCUUAGAUAACUAUUUCUACUACAUAGACUACUCGUCUGGCUUAUACAUAAAAUGUGCAUGAUAUGGCGCAUUUGUAUUGCAUGUUUUAUCCGUCUUCUAUAUGGCCUUUUUACUACUUGAAGUUUUGAAGACAUACAUCUUAGAUUUCUAGUAUUCAAAAUAGUAUUUAUAAUAAUAUUCGAGCUUUGGUGAAUCUCCUCGAAUUACAAUGUAUCAAAUUCUACAAUCAUAUGGGUAAUUCUCUGGCGAAAAUGUCGUGUGCGACACUAUCUAAAAUGAACAAAAACAUUUACCGAAACAUUUUUUAUUUUGAGGCAACACGAAUCUGAUAGCUCUUGAUUAGCACUUUAAUUAGAGCUAAGAAUGAUUUUUGAAUUAUUUUCUGUUUUAAGAUAAUCACAAAAAAUGAAGGAAUUUAUAUA